UGGUGGCCUAAGCCGAGCGCGCGGGGCCGGGCCGAGCGGGGGCAAAGUUUGGGGCGGGUCCGAGACAGAACCGAACCGGGUCAGAACCGGCUGUAAAGUCCCCGGGAGUCCGGGAGGAGCGGAGCCCGACUGGUUCCGAGCCAGACCGGGACCCCGGGGGGUUGAGGGAACCCAGCCAGGUCAGAACCGAGCCCGGGGCCCGACCGCGCCGGCACCGAACCUGGCCCCGAGCGCUCAGGUCCGAGUUGGGUCAGAACCGGUCUGGGAUAGGGCCCAGCCUGGCCAGGUCAGAACUCCGCCAGCGCAAAGAGCGCCCCGUCCGGAUCAGAACCGAACCGGGACCCGCGAGAAAGGGAGGAGUUCGGCUCUGCCCCCAGCUUGUCGCCCUUGGGCUAAAGGGGAGGGAAACAGGCAGAACUAACUGUAAAGUCACAUUGGUGUUGGGGGAGCUGGGCCCAACUUGGUCAGAACAGAACUGGGAGAUGUGAGCUCAGGGAGGAAAACUGUAUCAGAACCAGACAAUCACCCCUGGGCUGCAGGGGCCAGGACAGGCCAGAGUUGAAUUGGGGGUAGAAGAGGUGCCUGGGUCAGGAACUGAACCCUGCAGGGGAAGACAGUGGAACUGAGUCAAUUUAAACCCAGUUGAGUCUGGAAAUCGAGGAAGACUGAUCCCAGAACUGAACUGGGUCUGCUUGUGGGCCAGAGAGGUCUAAACUAAGUUUGAACAGAACCAGAUCCUUAUGGAGUGAAAGAUGAGGAGCUAUGUGUGUUUAGGGGUGAGACAGUGAUAGCCACAACAAGAGGGCUUUGGAAUUGGAAAUGAAGUGAAGCAAAUCUGAGACAGUUUGUGUGAUCAAGACCCAAACUGUGUUGAAGAAGUCAGAGUAGGGGAGAGGGAACUACACUGUGUCUGUGCCAAAUCUGGUCCGGGAGGAGAGAGGAUCCUUUACCAACCUAGAGACCCUCCCUGGCACCAGGCAUCAUCCAAAAGACUUUCUGCAAGGAAGUUAGUGAAUCUGAACAGAUCCCAAGAACAAGGAAAGUUUAGAGAACAGCAGAGCUGAGCAAAUGAUACUGAACCACAUCUGGAUUUGGUCUAGAGCGUGAGUGGGAGACAAUUGAGUAUGAAAGAAGUGAAAGGUUGAGCACUGGCACCGGGAUUUGUAAACAGAAGAGGGAAAAAAUUAUUUCCAACUGAAAUUGCAUUAAUCGGCAAAAGGGUGAGUGAGUGAGCUGUGAUUUUUCUCUGAGCUGGGAAUGGACCAGGUCUGAGAGAGGCCAGCUGGAGUGAGCCCACUGAAAAGACAGCCCGGCAAAAUGAGACUGCUCCUUGCCUGACAGGGCUUCUCAAAGCUGCAGAUCUGUAUUUUGCAGAAUCAGUCCAGUGACAGAGCUGAUAUAAAGGGGCUGCACAGGAGGAGGAAGUGAAUCCCUUGGAUACAAACAGCAGAGAGCAGGAGCCGUUCAGAAGCUGCCAGAUGCCACCAGGGGAGAGCUGACUUGGAGGCAGGCGGACAGGCACAUUGCUUUGGAUCUUGGAGACCUCAGCAAGGACUCUCGUAGGCCAUUCAUAGCAGCUGUACCAGGUGAGACGGGAGGGAGCCUUCCUAUGCCAUACUGGUGGAAGUCAUUUGGAGCUGUCGUCUGCCAGCAGUCACUGCCACAGCCAACCCAACAGGAGCUGCGCUGAGCACAUCCCUGCUUGGAGUCCCCUAUCUGUGGCCGAGUAGGGCAUCUGAGUGAGUGUCCCCCUACAUGAGACUUCAACUCUGAGCGCAGGCUGGUGACCCGUUGUCGCACCCAAGCAGGAGGGAGGAUGACGAGCACAGCUCCAUCCAAGAAGCCUUACCGCAAGGCACCGCCACAGCACCGCGAGAUCCGCCAUGAUCUGCCCAUCCUUCGAGACGACCAAGACGGCGUGAUUUUGGCCGAGCAGAGUCAGGAGCCCUUGACAGAUGCAGAAAGGAUGAAGCUGCUGCAGCAUGAGAACGAGGAGCUGCGCCGGCGGCUGGCCUACGUCACUAACAAGAUGGAGGCGAUGGAAAGGGAGCUGGAGUCCGGCCAGGACUACCUGGAGCUGGAACUGGGCCAGAACCGCGAAGAGCUGGAGAAAUUCAAGGACAAAUUCCGCAGGUUACAGAACAGCUACACUGCUUCACAGAGAACCAAUCAGGACCUGGAGGAGAAGCUGCAUACCUUGGCCUCUCUCAGCCAAAGCUGGAUUUUUGCAAUAAAAAAGGCUGAGAUGGACCGGAAGACCCUGGACUGGGAGAUUGUGGAGCUCACUAACAAGCUGCUAGAUGCCAAAACUACCAUCAAUAAACUUGAGGAGCUCAAUGAGCGCUAUCGGCAGGACUGUAACCUCGCAGUGCAGCUGCUCAAGUGCAAUAAGUCCCACUUCAGGAACCACAAGUUUGCUGAUCUUCCCUACGAGCUGCAGGACAUGGUCAAUAAACACCUGCACAGCACCCAAGAGUCCCCAGGCCCUGGGCAGGAGGCUGCACAUACCCUGGCCCCAUCUGACGUUGUGCCCACCUCAGUUAUUGCCAGAGUCCUGGAGAAGCCAGAGUCACUGGUCCUGAACUCUGCCAAGUCCAGCAGCGGCAGCUGUCCCAUGGCUGAGGAUGUCUUUGUGCACGUGGACAUGAGUGGAGCUCUGCUGGACGCCUGUCCCAGCCCAGGGCUGCCUGGGAAGGAGAGAGGGGAAGUGGGGAAGCAGCAGAACGGGGGCUGCAAGCCACAGAGCAGUGUGGAGAGCCUGUCAGAGGAGGUGCCUGCCUUCGAGAAGCUGAGCCCCUACCCCACGCCCUCCCCUCCCCACCCCAUGUACCCAGGGCGUAAGGUGAUUGAGUUCUCUGAGGACAAGGUGAGGAUCCCAAAGAACAGCCCGCUGCCCAACUGCACCUAUGCCACGCGACAGGCCAUCUCCCUGAGCCUGGUGCAGGGCGAGGACGAGAGCAGCGACCGGCACCGGACGCUCCCUAACAGCCCUGUCUCAGAGGGCCGCCACUCAGCCUCCAGCUGCUCCUACCAGCCAUCUCCCAAGGCGGCUCGGGCACACGGCUCCUCGCAGAGCAGCCCUUUCAGCAGCCCACCCCAGAUCCCCAGCGCCUUCGCCAGCUCGGCCAGCUCGGAGGAGGACCUCCUGGCCAACUGGCAGCGGAUGUUUGUGGACAAGGCGCCCCCCACUUCAGAGCAGGUGCUGGUGAGCCGCACCUCCUUCAGCCAUGACAUGGCCCCGGAGCUCCAGAAGCGAUUCAGCCGCUCCAUGCAGGAGCUGGGCAGGGCGGCCUCAGCCUACUCGGACGGCGAGGAGUCUGCGCAGAGCUGCAGCUGGACCGUGAGCCGGGACUCGAGCGUGGACACAGACAGCACUGAGUCCCGAGCCCGCAGGAGCCAUUUCUCCUCCGACUACGGCAUGGACUUCUCCCAGGAUGAAGCCCGGAAGCUGCUCCAGGGCAGUGGCGGGGGCACCGCUGAGCCCAGCAGUCCCCCGCCAGAGAAGCACAAGGACUAUGUGGACCUGGGCUCACCUGGGAGCCCGGCUGAGGAAAGGGAAAUGCUGCUGCAAGCAAGCAAGGAGAGCAGCCCAGGGGGAGCCCUGGAGGAGAGUGGUGAAUGCCGGAGCAAACCUCCCUCAGGGCGGCCACACCGCAGCCCCAAGAGGAUGGGUGUCCACCAUCUCCAUCGCAAGGACAGCCUGACACAGGCCCAGGAGCAAGGCAACCUGCUCAACUGAGGCUCGGCAGGAAGCAGCACCCUAGGGCAGUGCUGUAACUGCCUCAGCACUCACAGGGUUGGUGUCCCCGGCACCACACAUGCCCCAGGGGGCUGCAGGCUCCGCUCCCACCUUGUAUUUAUUCUGGUUUUGAUAUCCUGAGGCGCCAGGAUCUUGCCGGCGUUCCGCACCCACCACACCAGAACACACACUUGAGGCCUCGCUCGGCCUGGCAUGCAUGCCCAUGCCUGUGCUCACCACUCAUCUGGUGCCUGCCCUCACACUCAAUCUUACAGCCCCACCCUGGGGCCCAUGCCCUUACUCACCCUGGGGCCUGGGCCUGCCCUCACACUCUCAUGCUCACAACCUUGCCCUGGUGCCCAUGCUCUCAUUUUCAGGCUGAUGCCCAUGGCCCUGGGCGCACUUGUGCUGGUGCCGAUGGCUGCUCUGUUCCUAUCUUUCAACUUGUGCCAACAAGUAGAAACUCUUUGCCCUGGUCUUGUCUGACCCCCGUGACCCCCUGCAGGCUGAGUGGGGCAUGAGGGCUGCCCUGGGGGGUGGGUGCUCCUUGCCGCCUGGCCCCCUGCUGUGGGUCAGGAGCAUUGAGUUGUUUUGCUAUUUUUUGUUCCCCCCUGCUGCCAUGUUGAUCUCUGUGGAAACCAGCUGGCAGUUGUGGCUGGCUCUCCCUUAAAGCUUCCUCUGCAGAGCCCUGCUGCUUAGCUCGUGGGCCUGGCCCAACACGUGGCUCAUGCAGAGGCAAUGCCCUGGGAGAGCCCCAGUUCCCUCUGCCGUGGGACUGGGCCAGAGCUGCCCCCGGCAGUUGCUCAGCGAGGCUGGCCUGCAGAGUUCCCAUGGCAGUGGUUUCUGUGCAGGGGGUUGGAUUGUGUUUGUCUCUCCCCAUCCCUGGGUGCUGUUGCACUGGCCUGGCUCGUGUUUGACUGGUGCUGAUUCUCUGCUCCCGGGUCUUCCUCUCAUUUUUCUUCUUUCCAGGCCUUUUGCUUUUAAAAUGUUUUGUUUUUCUCUUCCUGCAUAAAUGAACAAAGCAGCUGACAGCCAAUCCAUUGUCUGCCCAGAGGUCUGGGGUGAGGUCCUGCCCUAGGAGCCACCGGCUCCCCCUUUCCAUCCUGGCCUUUCUACUCCAGCAGAGCCAUAUGGACUCCAGGGCAGGAUUUUACCCCAGGAAAGCAAUACAUGAAAGAUCAUAACAAGCUGCCUCUGGGCAGGGCCCCAGCAAGGGCUCUGGGGUGAGAGAGAGAGAGACCCCCUGAGGAGCAGGGCUUAUCGCUGCAGACACGGUACCUCAUGGCUCAGCAGUGGCCCUUUGGAGAGGCCCCAGUGCAUGUGCACCCCUUCCUCUGGCUGGGUCCCGGGCUGGCUCUGGUGCCCUUCCAAGGCCUCUCCACUGGUGGGGCUGGAGUUGUGUGUUUGAUUUUCCUUGUGUUCAGUGUUGGGAUGAUUUUCCUUUUCAGUGUUUAUGUGCUCAGUGUCCCUGGGGCAGGGAAGGGGAGAAGUCGGGAGUGUAGAUAUUUUAUUUGGGAGAUAGAGCCUCAGUGUCUAGUUAUGAGUUUCCUAACCUGUCCUUGCCUAUCUGGAUUUUUACCUCUCCACCCCGAAGGUGUAACCCAGCACACUGGCAUGGUCCCUAUGCUGCUCCCUUGGGCGGGGGGACCCCCUUCCCUUGGCUGUGGUGGGUUUGAAGCUGGAGCUGUGGUGUCCUCCUUCAGUGAGAGCGAGCUGCUGCUCUGUGCUUUGCUAUGUAUGGAGGGUGCAGCCUCUCUCUGCAGGAAGAAAGCUCCCAUUCAAACUCCCAGCAAGAGAUGCUGCCCUGGGGCAGCGUCCCUCCCUAAGCCCCUCCAGUUGUGGCUGGUGGCAGCCAGGGCCAAAACUUUGCUCUCAGCCACAGCCUGGAGGCUGCAGGGCAUGUGAAAGCAGGGCUGUCCUUAGGCAUAUGCAGCAUACACAGCUGCGUAGGGCACCAUGAAAUUUGGGGCACCUAAUUGCCCCAAAUUUCAUGGUGCCCUAGGCAGCUGCAUGCCGCAUACGCGUGGCAGCACCAGCCCUGGCGACCAGCCCUACUCCCGGCCGGCCCCCCCAUGGGCUGCGCCCACUGCAAGGGGCAGGGCCGUCCCUAGGGGGGUAUGGCCCCGGACAACUCCCUCCGCCCCACCUCUGACCCAACCCCAUUCCACCUCUUCCCUCAGCGACCCUGCACUCACUGGCAGCGGCGGGAAGCGGAGCAACCCGGCCCCAGCCUGCUCUACUCCGUCAGCUCCCAGCUGCAUUGCUCCACUUCCUGCCGCCAGUGAGUGCGGGGAGGUUGGGGAAAGGAUCGUCCCCACACUUACCGGUGGCGGGAAGCGGAGUGAUGCGGCCCGCUCUGCUUCCCUUGCCCCGGCCCCAGCCGUGUUGCUGGGGUGUGUGUGUGAGGAGUUAGGGAAAGGUUCUCUUUCCCCCU